UUCUAACCGUACAUAUGCGCCAGUUCAUUGUACAUAACAUGACAAGCAACGUUCAAUUUUUCUUCUUCUAAUUUUAUAUGGAUUAUUAUUAGUAUUGUGGAAAAAUAGUACACAAUUCACACACAUUUAAUAUAAAUAGUAUACAUGUAUUAUAAUACAACAAUAUUUGCCAAUAAGUCAGCUCCAUCAGCAGAGACGCGCCACAUCAAACAUGUCAGCGUUUUGCUUGAACUCAUUGAUCUUAAUGACCGUGACCACGGUUAUGGUGACAAACGCCGCAUUAAUCGAGAGCAAUUACUCUGAUGACAGACUGGGCAUAGAAAAUCAUCUGGUUAAGAGGGACGCCGACUAUGACGGAAAUAGUGUCGAAAGCGACGAAAGUUUUUUUUUUAAUUUCUCAAAUUUUUUUGGACAAGAAAAAUCUGAUAGUGAAAAUGAUGAUAAAAAUGAUGUAGAAAAUAAACCAGAUUUCAUCACCACUUUCGACAUACUUAAACUUUUGGACGAGAAAUACGCUAUGAAACAAUUCUAUUGCGUCAUAAAUGAGGAUCCGUGUGAUGCAGUCGGAUUGAGGCUCAAAGCUAGUAUACCCGAAGAAAUAAACAGGGACUGCGAACGCUGUACCUCAACAGAGACAAGCAAUAUUCGAAGAAUUUUGAAUUACGUGAAAAAGUACUAUCCAGAAUUUUGGAAUCGUGUCGAACCAAUUUAUAAAAAUAAAAUGACUGUCUAAAUUACUUAUAUCGUAAAACAAUACAUAACAACAUAAAUAACA